AUGAAGCCUGCCGCCGUCAUCCUCGCCGUUUUUGCCGUCUCGGUUGCCGCCGUGCCGGUCGGAGACAAGGUCGAGAAACGUCAAGCAGUCAACGUGUUCUCCAUUCUGCAGAAUCUUCUACAUAUCAAGACUUGUACGGGACAGAAGUUCGGUGACUGUCCGACAAGGCCAUCUUACAGUAGCAAGAGGAAGAGGGCUCCCAGCGAGGGCAUCGUCACCGUGGACACCGAUCUUUUGAUGCGCGUUCGCCAGCUGUAA